CUACACUUUCCCCAACCCUCUCCCCGUGGCUGGCACUCCUCAAGAUGAAUCUCAACUUCACCUCCCCUCUCCACCCAGUGUCUUCUCAGAGGCCCACAUCCUUCUUCAUCGAGGACAUUCUGCUGCACAAGCCCAAGCCACUGAGGGAGGUGGCCCCUGACCACUUCACCAGCUCUCUGGCCUCUAGGGUGCCUUUGCUAGACUAUGGCUAUCCCCUUAUGCCCACACCUACCCUCCUCGCUCCCCAUGCACAUCACCCUCUGCAUAAAGGGGAUCACCAUCAUCCUUAUUUCCUGACCACCUCCGGAGUGCCGGUCCCGGCGCUGUUCCCGCACCCCCAGCACGCGGAGCUGCCGGGGAAGCACUGUCGUCGCCGCAAAGCUCGCACGGUUUUUUCUGAUUCGCAGCUCUCGGGUCUGGAGAAGAGGUUCGAAAUCCAGCGCUACCUGUCCACGCCAGAGCGGGUGGAGCUGGCCACCGCGCUCAGCCUGUCCGAGACGCAGGUGAAAACGUGGUUCCAGAACCGGCGGAUGAAGCAUAAAAAGCAGCUGAGGAAAAGUCAAGACGAACCCAAAGCCGCAGACCGGCCAGAGAGCCCCGAGAGUCCGCGAGGUGCAGAGGCCGCGGAGGCUCGGCUGAGUCUGCCUGCCGGCGCCUUUGUGCUGACAGAGCCCGAAGACGAGGUGGACAUCGGGGACGAGGGCGAACUCAGCUCGGGGCCGCACGUGCUCUGAGUCGCGGGGUGGGGAGGGGAGGCCGGAGCGACGGGAAGACUGGGAGACUGACUCGGCUC